AUGAGUCAGAAUAAAAGAAAAAAUUUUUCUGAAAAUCAUAACAAGUUUCUAAAACGAUCAAAGUCAGGGGAGGAUAAUGGGUAUUCAGGAUCUUUUGAAAGUGAUUUAGCUGCUAUGGAGCUUACAGAAAAUGAUUUCUUGACGGAGGAUACUCCUGAAAUAGGUGUUGGGCCAGACACAGAACAAACCAGUGUUAGAUGGUGUAGACCUCCACUACCAAAGUUUAAUCCUGAUAAAGAAUCAUUAAUUUUUCAACAAAUCGAAAUUGACCAUUAUCAUGGUUCCCCGAUUCCUGGUAUGCCUGGAUAUCAGGUAUCUCCAUCAUCAAUCAUGAGAAUGUAUGGUGUCACUAUGGAAGGGAAUUCAGUAUGUUGUCAUGUUCAUGGUUUUGCACCUUACUUUUAUGUUUCUGUACCAUCUGAUUUUACUGAAGAUCAUUGUAAACCUUUUAAGAAAGCUUUAAAUGAUGUUGUAAUGAAUGAUAUCAGGUCGAAUAGAGAAAACAUUAAAGAAGCAAUAUUAGAUGUUGAAUUAGUUUUUAAACAAAACAUGUUUGGUUAUGAAGGAGAUAAAAAAAACAAAUUUUUAAAAGUAACAAUUAUACUGCCAAAAUUAGCAGCAGCAUGUAAACGUUUAAUGGAUAAAGAAACUGUUUAUAAAGCUUUUGGAGGUUAUUAUUACCAAUUUUUUGAAUCUAAUAUAGAUUUCGACAUUAGAUUUAUGGUUGAUACUGAUGUUGUCGGAUGCUCCUGGAUAGAACUUCCUCCGGGAACAUGGAAAAUAAGAAUGAAAGACAGUAACCAUGAUUAUCCGAUUACUUCAAGAUGCCAGUUAGAAGUUGAUGUAGGUUGGAAUCAAUUUAUCGCUCAUGCUCCUGAGGGAGAAUGGAGUAAAGUAGCACCUUUUAGAAUUUUAAGUUUCGAUAUUGAAUGUGCUGGACGGAAAGGUAUAUUUCCAGAACCAAAUCAUGAUCCAGUUAUACAAAUAGCUAAUAUGGUUUUAAAACAAGGACAGUCUGAGCCUUUUAUUAGGAAUAUAUUUACAUUAAAUUCUUGUGCUCCAAUUGUUGGUUCUCAAGUUUUAUGUUUUGAUAAAGAAACGGAACUACUCAAAAGUUGGGGAGAAUUUGUUAGACAAGUUGAUCCUGAUAUUUGCACUGGUUACAACAUAAGCAAUUUUGAUUUUCCUUAUUUAAUUAAUAGAGCAAAACAUUUAAAUGUAAAUGAUUUUUGUUUUCUCGGCAGAAUCAAAGACAUUAAAUCCGUUGUUAAAGAUUCCGUUUUGCAAAGUAAGCAACUCGGACGGAGAGAAAAUAAAAAUACAAAUAUUGAAGGAAGAGUGACAUUUGAUUUAUUACUCGUUCUUGUUCGUGAUUACAAACUUCGUUCAUACACUUUAAAUGCCGUGAGUUACCAUUUUUUGCAAGAGCAAAAGGAAGAUGUACAUCAUAGCAUCAUAACCGAUUUACAAAAUGGAAACGAACAAACAAGGAGAAGACUGGCUGUUUAUUGUUUGAAAGAUGCUUAUUUGCCUCUUAGACUAAUUGAAAAAUUAAUGUGUUUUAUUAAUUAUAUGGAAAUGGCUAGAGUAACGGGUGUUCCUUUAUCAUGUUUGCUGACACGAGGGCAGCAAAUUAAAGUCGUAUCUCAACUUCUCAGAAAGACCAAAGAAAAACAUUAUUUAAUGCCGACACACAACAGCGUUGGAUCUGACGAACAAUUUGAGGGUGCAACAGUUAUAGAACCCAAAAAAGGUUAUUAUCCGGAUCCGAUCGCAACUUUGGAUUUCAGUUCUUUGUAUCCGAGCAUAAUGAUGGCUCAUAAUUUGUGUUACACAACUUUACUUCGACCCGGGGUUAAAGAAAAAUUAAAUUUGGAACCUGAUAAGUAUUCUACCACUCCGUCCAAUCAUUUUUUCGUCAAAAAAUCAAUUCGAAAAGGAUUGUUGCCGGAAAUUUUGGAAAAUUUACUAACGGCGAGGAAAAAAGCAAAAACAGAUUUGAAAAACGAAACGGAUCCAUUUAAAAAACAAGUUUUGGACGGAAGACAAUUGGCUCUUAAAAUAAGUGCAAAUUCCGUGUACGGAUUCACUGGAGCACAAGUAGGGAAAUUACCCUGUUUAGAAAUAUCUGGUAGCGUUACCUCUUACGGACGGUCAAUGAUUGAACAAACAAAACAAGAAGUUGAAAUGAAGUAUAACAUAGCAAACGGUUACAAACACGAUUCCGAAGUUAUUUACGGAGAUACGGAUUCUGUCAUGAUUAAAUUCGGGAAUAAAACAUUGGAGGAAUGUAUGGAGUUGGGAAGGGAAGCGGCUGUUUACGUGUCUUCGAAGUUUAUCAGUCCAAUUAAACUCGAAUUCGAAAAAGUUUAUUUUCCGUAUUUGUUGAUAAGCAAAAAACGUUACGCCGGAUUAUAUUUCACAAAAACCGAUACCUACGAUAAAAUGGAUUGUAAAGGAUUGGAAACCGUGAGAAGAGAUAAUUCUCCAUUAGUGGCUAACAUGAUAACGACGUGCCUACAAAAAAUUCUCAUCAACAGGAAUCCCGAUGAAGCUGUCAAUUACGCCAAAAAAGUCAUUUCCGAUCUUCUGUGCAACAAAAUUGAUAUAUCACAGUUGGUCAUAACUAAAGAACUGACGAAAAACGAUUAUGCAGCCAAACAAGCUCACGUGGAACUAGCACAAAAAAUGAAAAAAAGAGAUCCGGGUACCGCGCCAAAAUUGGGAGAUAGAGUUCCGUACGUGAUUUGUUGUGCCACGAAAGGAACUCCCGCCUACUGCAGGGCAGAAGAUCCGAUAUACGUUUUGGAAAAUAGCGUGCCCAUCGAUUUUAAUUAUUAUUUGGAGAAUCAAAUUUCAAAACCCUUGCUCAGAAUAUUCGAACCGAUUCUUGGAGAAAAAGCCGAAUCGAUUUUAUUACGUGGUGAUCACACGAGGACGAAAGCGAUGGUCACGUCCAAGGUUGGUGCUUUGUUCGCGUUCACGAAAAAAAAGGAAUCCUGUUUGGGAUGCAAAUCGGUACUGAACGAAAACGAAGGGAGUAACGCACUGUGCAAACACUGCAAACCAAAUGCCAUAGCUUUGUAUUUGAAUCAUUUGAACAAGUACAAAACAUACGAAAGUCAAUUCAGUCGUUUAUGGACAGAAUGUCAAAGAUGCCAGGGUAGCUUACACGAAGAAGUUAUAUGCACUAGUCGAGAUUGUCCUAUUUUUUACAUGAGAAAAAAAAUUCAAAUGGAUUUACAAACUCAAGAUCAAGUUAUGGAAAGAUUUAGAAAUUUCUCUUGGUAA